UUUGCACUCCCUGGAAAGAAAGAAGAAAAACAAGAGGAGGAUUUCCCCCACAAGAAUAGCUCAAACCUGUCUGCAUGCAUGUCUGUCUGCACUCUGCAUCCAUCCAUCCAUCCAUCCAUCCCCGGGCAGACACGGAUUCAGACGCGCAAGAAAUCUCCCUCACCUUUACUUGCAAACAUAUACCCACAAAUCUCUCUCUCUCGCCCGCUUGUCUUGUCUGACUUCUUGUUGCCUCUUGCCUCCUUCUUCUUCUUCUUCGUCUUCGUCGUCGCGAAAUACAGGCGUGUGGGGCGAGAGUGAUCAGGUGGCAGCUGGGUGUUUCUUCUUCUUCUUCUUCAGCUCGAGUUCUUCCUUAGCCAUGGCGCUCCUGCUGCUGCGUAUGGGCGUCUCCGUCGCGCUGCUCGUCGCCUUCUUCUCCUCUCUGAUUCCGUCGUCAGAGGCAUACGAUCCGCUUGAUCCAAAUGGGAACAUAACAAUCAAGUGGGAUGUGCUGCAAUGGACUCCAGAUGGAUAUGUUGCUGUUGUUUCACUAUACAACUAUCAGCAGUAUCGACACAUUCAAUCACCCGGAUGGAAACUCGGAUGGGUGUGGGCAAAGAAGGAGAUAAUCUGGGCGAUGAACGGCGGCCAAGCGACGGAGCAAGGCGACUGCUCAAAGUUCAAAUCAAAUAUCCCACAUUGCUGCAAGAAAGAUCCUGAGAUCGUGGACCUGCUCCCGGGAACCCCUUACAACAUGCAGAUUGCCAACUGCUGCAAGGGAGGAGUGCUCAACUCGUGGGCACAGGACCCUGCAAAUGCCAUAGCAUCAUUCCAAGUCAGUGUUGGUCAGGCAGGGACGACGAACAAGACGGUGCGGGUGCCGAGAAAUUUCACCCUGAAAUCUCCAGGUCCAGGGUAUACCUGUGGCAGUGCCAAGGUUGUGAGACCUACCAAGUUUUUUUCGCAGGAUGGAAGGAGAACAACUCAGGCUCACAUGACAUGGAAUGUGACUUGCACAUAUUCACAGAUUGUCGCGCAAAGAUCUCCGACGUGCUGCGUUUCGCUCUCGUCUUUUUACAAUGAUACCAUAGUUAACUGCCCAACAUGCUCAUGUGGCUGCCAGAAUAAUAAACCAGGAAGCUGUGUAGAGGGAAAUUCUCCUUAUUUGGCUUCUGUUGUGAACACCCAUAACAAGGACAGCUUGACACCUCUAGUCCAGUGCACUUCUCAUAUGUGCCCAAUAAGAGUUCAUUGGCAUGUGAAGGUUAACUACAAGGAGUACUGGAGGGUCAAGAUCACAGUGACAAACUUCAAUUACAGGAUGAACUACUCUCAGUGGAACCUAGUCACUCAGCACCCCAGUUUUGACAAUCUGACAACCAUUUUCAGCUUCAACUACAAAUCUUUGAACCCAUAUGGAGUAAUAAAUGAUACCGCGAUGUUAUGGGGAAUCAAGUACUACAAUGACUUGCUCAUGACGGCGGGUCCAGAUGGAAAUGUUCAGUCUGAGCUUCUGUUCAAGAAGGACCCCAAGAGUUUCACCUUUGAGAAAGGCUGGGCCUUCCCAAGACGUGUAUACUUCAAUGGUGACAACUGUGUGAUGCCACCACCAGAUGCAUAUCCAUGGCUGCCAAAUGCUUCAACAAGAGUGAUGUCUUCAAUUCUCCUUCCAUUCAUUACCAUUUGGACAGCACUGACAUUCUUGAUGGUUUACGCAUAGUGAAAGGAAAUCGUAAUUUUACGUAUUCAGGAAAGUUUUGACCUUGUUGUGCAUUACAAAGUUUUAGAUGAUAUGUUGCAUGAAGAGAAGAUUCAGUGCAGAUACCUAACCAUAAACCGUCGUUGAUCAUUGUAUAAACUUACUUGUAUACAUUUAAUCUCAGACAAGAUAAGAUGCAAACACAGUACUUCUUAAGGAAUUUUA